AUGCACAACGUCGACGAUAAAGCAACGAUAACAAUGUUGUCGAGCAAUAAAACAAAAUUGUCAAUACUGGUGACAUUUUUCUUAGCUUUUCUAUUUGUCGUUUCCUAUAAGUAUAACUACUAUAUUCUAACGGAGCAACAAAGCGUUUGUAUAGACUCUCAAACAAACGACGUUGUCGCACAAACCCUGAAAGAAAGUAUCAAAUGGUCAGAAAUCAAGCGAAGACGAAGACUAGAAAAUACCACAAUUCACGAAAGAUGGAUAGUCGUGACUUCAGUGUCGAUGCCAACCGAGCAAGUGAAAGGAUUGUCCACAAUUAAAGGAUGGAAGCUAGUUGUUGUCGUCGCAGAUCUAAAGACGCCAGAUAAUUGGAAGUAUGUCAGUAUAGUAUAUAGACACGAGUCGUAUGGCGAAAGUCGGAAAAACAGCAUCUUGAGAAAUUCAAGAUAUGGAUCGAAACAAUUUUGUUGCGACACAAGUUACCGAUGAGAAUUGCAAGGUGUAUAACAUGCCUCGCAAUCAUCAAGCGUUGCAACAUUUUUGUUGCACGGAGUAGAAUCAAUGUUGCAUCAAAUGUGUUGCGUGGUGUAACAUAGCUUGCAAUGUAAUACUGAAAUUUCAAAUUGUUUUACUCGACAUUGCGUGCCACGUUGCAUGGUGGCAGUGCCGAUAUUCGGUGAUUGAAAUAUAUUUGCAUUACUAUUCAAUUUUCACUCACGAGUCAUUGGCAACCAUCCGUAUUUCGGCAUUUGCACACACAAUUUUUAGCGAAGAAGUUUAAUUUCGCCGUAGAUUCGAUAGUGGGAAUCGUAGUAUAAAUAUGUGUCACGAUUUCACGUAGUCAUUACUGCUAGAAAUUUGGUGGAAAUUUGCUCGCCAAAUAGGUAAUCACCAGUGCCGUAGCCAGAACGAUAAUUGGGGGGGGGGGGCACAUAUUCAUAUAUUCGUGUUCUGCUACAGUUAUUAAUUUCUUUUGAAAUCAAUUGUUUUUAUGGUAUGUGAACACGAAUAUAUGAAUAUGUGCCCCCCCCCCCCCAAUUAUCAUUCUGGCUACGGCACUGGUCACUAAUCACCCGGGAAGGAGUGCAAUUAAUUCAAUCAGUUUCCUUGUCCAAAAGCAACCGAACUUAACGGGAACGCGACAGCCAAAUAAUUGCAGCGGAUAUCGCAGCUUGGAAACGUGGCGUUGACGUUGUAUACUGACAAUUAAGACGUGGCUGUAAUCUGUAUUUUGCCGUUGACGUUGUAUUUACUCAGAGCACAGUUUGAUAGAAGUAGGCCGGCGCUCAGAGGCAUAGCAACACCAACGGUGGCCGUCUAAAACGUAUAUGUGGCCUGUGGGAUUUUAGUUGUAAAUUUCUGCUCAUUUUCAUGCAUUAAUAUAUUAUUAAUAGCUGUCCUCGUUGACGUUGCACUUUUGUCCUGCUUGUUGUCCUGCUACCGAAAAUAUCGGUACUGUCUAUUGAAACCAAAAAUAUCGCCUAUCCGGCUAUCUCGGUACGACUGAAUUUUUCAGUCAUAAUAAUCUAUUUAUAUACCGUAUCAAAUUUACACACCAUGCCGUAUGGCGAGAUCAUCAAUAUUUGUUUUAGUUAAAUGCAAAGUACCCAAACUGCUAAAGCGUAGGCAUUUCAUGUUAAAACAGUGACAAGUGUCAACAGACAACAGCUUGGAAAUCAUCAUAAAUUUGGGCGAAAAACCGGUAUAUCGAUACCGGAAAAUUCUCAUCCGAACAUUCCUAAACGAUAGUUUUUUCACAGAUUAAAUUGUAUGACAGGGCCUUAGCUUAAAAGUUCCUUUUUCGUUAUUUUAGGUAUCCCAAUGUGGUGUUCCUCAGCGUGGAAAAACAGGAACAACUCGGUUACAGAACUACAGAGUUCCUGCCUUAUAAGAGCUAUUCUCGCAAAACAAUUGGCUACCUUUACGCUAUCGAACAUGGCGCAAAAAUAAUUUACGAGACGGACGACGACAACUACCCAUACAACGGCAACAUUGGCUUCAGGCCAGAGGGGACCGGCACGUUUUUGGUAUACUCCAGUAAUCACGCGGUUAUAAACCCAUACGAGCACUUUGGUCAAUCGAGUAUAUGGCCACGGGGGUACCCUCUGGAGAACAUAGGCGACCCCGCACAACACACGUUUGUAAACUGUGGCGAGGUUAGGCCACUGAUACAACAAGGCGUUGUCAAUGGAGACCCGGAUGUAGACGCAGUGUUUCGAUUGACUCGUAAGGAUGCUGGAGUUAAACUUGAUGUCGAAUUCGAUUCAAACGCCCCUCCGGUUUUGUUACCUCCGGGAAGUUAUGCCCCUUUUAAUUCGCAGAAUACUUUGUUCCUAUAUGACGCGUUUUGGGGCCUGAUGAUGCCGCCCGGUCCCGCAAUGCGAGUCACGGAUAUUUGGCGGGCUUAUUACGAUAUACGCCUUUUGCAAGAAAUUGACGGUUAUCUGGCGUUUUUCGGCCCGAAUGCGUACCAAGAAAGGAACUCUCAUAGCUACCUUGACUAUUUUAUCGACGAAAAAGCAUUAUAUUAUGACGCAAGGCGAUUUAUCGAUUUCCUCAGAAACUGGAAGCCGACAAAAUCGGACUUUUUUAACCGUAUUAUGGAGUUGACAGUGGCUUGCGUAGAGGAAAAAUUCUUAAAGCCAAUUGAUGCGAUCGUUAUGAAGGCAUGGUUGUCUGAUCUCGUCAGUAUGGGUUAUAAAAUACCCCAAAUGAGCACUCCAAAAGUUCCAUGUAAAAAGGUGUUGGAACCUGCGACAGUUCUAAAGUUUGAAGAAAAACCAUCGUCUUAUAAUCACUUGGGGAAAACACUCAAAAAUAUUUUUUAACUUAGUAAUAUUGACAUUUUAGGGACUAAGUUUUGCACUUGUUUAUUAGCCAAAAUUGAAAUAGGUAUGUUAGCAUUUAGAAAAUAAAACCAUAUGCGUAGGAGACGCGGUCAGUAUUUAGUUGGGCAGACCAUGGCCUAUCGAAGAGAAGAUGGCAAUGAAACUUAUUAGAAUAAUAUCAUAGCUAGCUCGAAAUCCUUUCUUGCGAGGGACGAUUAAUGACUAAUUUACCUCGUUGCUAAAACACGAGGGACGAUUAGAAAGUAAUCAUCCCACCAGUGACCAGUUAUUUUAAUAUAUAGAUGGUUUGGAGACUCGAUGAAAGUACAACUUUCCAAAAUUCUAAGGCCAAAAUUCUUGCAUAAACCGACACCAACAUAGUUGCUGCCAAGCUCGGCAGCACACUAUUCUUCACAUUCACUUGUGCCCAGUCUCUUUGGCCGAGUUAUGUAUUGUCGACGUGAAUCGUGAUUUGUUCAAAAUUUGGAUGUCCGUCGGCAAACCGGGGGGCCACGGGGGGUGACACAUCAGGGAAACGCGAAUGCUAAUGAACGUGUCUUCACGAGAAAUUAACCCGUUUACUGGCACUCACGAGUAAAGUUGUCCGGCGUUGAUAGACAGUAUCACAGUAAAUACUAAAGUAGGUCGCAUUACCAGCCAAUGGGGGCUAAUAAGAGACAUUGGCAGAUAGGUUUGUUAACCCCAUUUUAAUACUGACAGUACUCUAACACUGACAAAUAAAAUCGUCUGGCGUUACAGAGUGUAAAUUUGUCUGGGGUUAGACGAGUUAAUACUAAAGUAGGGUGCAUUACCAGCUAAUGGGUAUGCCGUUUAUCCACUUUUGACCCAAUGGCCUCA